UGUUGGACGUUGGUUUACUGGGCGAGGCUCAGCCUGUCAAUCCCAAUUCCGCCUAAUCUCUAUUAUGAACAUAAAUAUGAUAGCCUGGGGUCCCCAGGAACUAGAAGGAAAACGGCAACGGCCUGACACUGAGGCAGCUGAGGACUUAAAAGAUCUCCUCUACUCCUCAAUGCAUAACAUUGUCUCUCUGAAUGACCUCGUGACAGAACUUUCUGAAAAGAUUGCUAAACUCACCAUAUCGUCCGCAGAAAACACGGCUGAAAUGAAGCUAUCAAAAGCAGAGACGACUCUAUCAAGGGCAGCACGAUCUAAAGAGAUAAAGGAAUUGAAGACCGACGCGGCUAGAGUCAGCGAGGUUGAGAGCCUUAAAGAACAGAUCGGAACUCUUAAUAAAGCUUUCUUUCUAGUCCUCGAAAACAAGGAAGUCGCACUCGCUGGCAUGACAGCCCAAAUGGAGGCUAUGAAGGAAGAACAAGUUGAACUGGAUAGAGACCAUGCCUGGCAGUCUCUCCACAUGGCAGCAGCUGCAGCUUGCAGAGGAAGCACCCCUACUGGAGGUUCUGGACCAAAUGGAAACGCUGUCCUGGCAAAGGAGAACACGAGAAGCUGUGAUCAAGUCUGUGGAGAUACCGCGUUCAACCUGUGUGACGCUGACAUCUCAAUCAGCGGCUACAAAGGACAAGCAACUUCUUACUCCCAACGACUCGGACACUACUACAACUACGGUUGUGGAUCUCCUGGGAACAGGAGCGGGAGGUUUGAUGAAGUGAAGGCUGGAGGGGAUGGUGUUUUCAGCGACCAUAGUACAGGAAACUGGUACUACCGAUUUUGCUGCUGCAGGAGGGCUUGAUGACUUCGACAUGUUCCAAACAACAGAUCAGGAGAAAUAACUGGACGGUGAAUUUGAUUUGUAAUUUUUUGUUAUUUUCAAAAACUUUAAAAUGUUAAAUAUCGAUGAAAAAAUGUUGAAUAGCUUGCAUACCAAUUACCAACAUUGCUACUC